GCUCUUUGUACUCGAGACAGGUGAUAAUAAAGGCGCAAAUGUCGCCCAGUCAGUUUACAAACAAAUCUCAAAGCAGAAGUACCGAUAAGGGGAGUACUACCAGCACUCUAGAUCGUCCAGUGCAGCCAUGAAAUCCUGCCCUUCCAUACUGGUGGCCUUGGUAUUGGCCUUCGUAAGCCCGAAUCCCAGUUUUGGGUACUCCCCACGAGAAGAUGCCCGGCUCAUUAGGGAAUUUAAACGGGCAGAAGAACUAAAUCACGCCAAGAUCGCCAGGGAACUGGUCCAUCGAGCCAAUUGGGCGGCCUUGGGAAGUCUCUCCACCAACAAACUCGUGAAAGGAUAUCCCAUGGUCAACAUUAUCUCAAUAGAUGACAGCGAUGCUAAUGGUAACUCCACGGGAAGGAUUCGCUUUUUGCUGACCGAUCUGGAUUUCACUGGUCCCGAUUGGCAAAAAGACAACAAGGUCACAUUCCUGUUCAGCGAUGAGCAGACUCUGAGGUGCAAGGAUGGCGGAAAGGAUCCCAUGGAGCCCACAUGUGCCCGCUCCAUGAUCAGCGGACAUGUCAUAAAAUUGGAUCCCCACGGAACCAACUAUCAACCUUCGUUGGAUGCCUAUGUUAACCGUCAUCCAGCUGCCAAAAAUUGGCUAAAAGCCCACACUUUCUACCUUUGCGAGCUGGAAAUUACCAAUAUUUUUGUGCUGGACUUUUAUGGUGGUCCUCAUGAAGUCAGCACCUCCGACUACUACGCUGCAUAGAUUUGAGGAUCUCGAUAAAGAAACCACCUGACGCCUCAUAUAUGUACUUUGUUUACUGUGUACUUUGCGAUCAACAAAAUAAUUGAUAAGCUAUUUUGCACAAAAAGAAGUAUAGCAGACAAAAGACAAUCAGAUAAGCCCUGUGAUUUCCCUCAACAGAACAACACAAAGAGUAAACAAUUUAUACAAAUUAAA